CAGAAUUAGUGGCUCGUAAUUGUAUUGACAGUUGUCAACCAAAGUGUUCUGGACAUGUUCCACACGUUUUGUACCAGUGCUCUCUUUUGGCAGCUGCUAAUAAGUUGCCGUUACAACACUAGUAAUCAAUGUCUGAUUCUUCCAUGGGCAAUGUUUGCUGGUAUCUUCCUCAGUUCCACGAUUUCUGUCAUCGUCCAGUGUUUUUAUGCUUAUCGAGUUUGGAUCAUCAGUGACAAGAACCGGAAACUCACGGCUUUUGUCCUAGUGACUGCCCUGGGGCAAUACGGGCUCGGAAUUGCAACAAUGGUGACAACUGCUCGAUCGAAAAGCGCAGCUGUGUUUUUCACUUGUCCCUUUGAAAUCUCAUACGCUGUGGCGAGCGCGAUCUGCGAUGUUGUGAUAUCUGGAUCAUGCUUGUUCUAUCUUCGGCCGGGGCGCACUGGAGUCAAACGUCCGAGCAAUCACAUGCAACACCUUGUCGUUGUUUCAUUGCAGAUGGGAGUAUUCAUAUUUCUUGUAGCUAUUGUGUGGCUCCUACUGUACUUUGUACAGGAUGCACGUUACUGGACUGGUUUUUCUUCUGCUAUUCUGUGUAAAUCGAACGUCAACUCGAUGCUCGCAGUGUAAGUCACCUCUGUUCCACCACUUUGCUGACUUGUAUUACGUCCCGCAGCUUAAAUGCCCGAAAAUCAAUCCGAAAUCAGCUAAAAGAACACGUGCCCAUUGUUCCGACCAUACCCAUGAUUAUCGUUUCCGAGCCGUGAAUUGUAUUCGGUCUAGGGCUCCGUGAAGAACCAGAGAACUGGAGGUCGAUAUUAGGAUAUUCUAUGAUUUCAAAUAUUGUACAUAUCAUGUACCUGAUGCUUCGGAACCAGUCAUGUCAGAUUCA